AUGUGGGUGGAAAAACACGAGGUAAAUCCAAGGCAUGUUGCACUUGAGGAGAGAGGACACUGGGGCAACAAGGUGGAGUUUUUACUGGCUGUUGCCGGGAACGUUGUGGGGCUGGGCAAUGUGUGGAGGUUUCCCUACUUAUGCUACAAAAACGGAGGCGGUGCAUUCCUGGUGCCAUAUCUGGUGUUUGUGGUGACGUGCGGUGUACCUCUCUUCCUUUUGGAGACCACCAUGGGCCAGCACUCCCAAGAGGGAGCCAUCACCUGCUGGAGAAAGCUGUGUCCACUGGCUGAAGGUAUUGGCUAUGGGGGUCAACUGAUACUGCUGUACAGUGGUGUGACUUACAUGAUUAUUCUGGCCUGGGCUCUGCUCUACCUGGUGUUCUCCUUCAACUCCCUGCUGCCUUGGAGCACCUGUGACAACUACUGGAACACGGCGGAUUGUGUUGAUGUUACAAUUAGGAAUCACACCAACCACACCAAAGGAACUUCAGCAGCAAUGGGAUUCUGGGAACGUCGAGUUCUGAAAAUCUCAGGGGGCAUUGAGGAGAUUGGCAGCAUUAGGUGGGAGGUGCUUCUUUGCCUCCUGGUAGUAUGGGUCGUUUGUUACUUCUGCAUCUGGAAAGGUGUCAAAUCAACUGGAAAGGUGGUGUACUUCACUGCCACUUUCCCUUACGUGAUGCUCCUCAUCCUUUUGAUCCGAGGACUCACUCUUCCUGGUGCCAGCCAAGGAGUUGCGUUCUACCUUCUGCCUGAGGUGUCACGACUUACAGAUCCCCAAGUGUGGAUGGAAGCAGGCUCGCAGGUCUUCUUUUCGUACAGCAUCGGUGUCGGCACCCUGGCGGUACUGGGUAGCUACAACACCCAAAGCAACGAUUGCUACAAGGACAGCUUGUGGCUAUGUUUGCUGAACAGUUGUACCAGUGUGGUUGCUGGCUUUGCUGUCUUCUCCGUGCUGGGAUUCAUGGCUCACCAGCAAGGUGUUGCUAUUGCAGAGGUGGCAGAAUCAGGGCCAGGCCUGGCGUUCAUCGCAUACCCUCAGGCGGUGACCAUGAUGCCGCUGCCUCAAGUGUGGUCCAUCUGCUUCUUCGUCAUGCUCCUCCUCCUGGGCCUGGACACGCAGUUUGUCGGCAUUGAGGUGGUGAUGACGUCCUUCUCAGACGUAUUUCCCACAGUAAUGCGUCAGGCUGGCAGGCGGGAAGGUUUCCUCCUGUUCAUCUGCCUUACAUGUUUCUUCUCGCAGCUUGUCAUGGUCACUGAGGGAGGGAUGUACAUCUUCCAGAUUUUCGACUAUUACGCUUGCAAUGGAUCCUGUGUCUUCUUUCUCUGUGUGUUUGAAAGCUUGGCAGUGGGCUGGAUAUUUGGAGCAGAGCGGCUGUGCAGCAUCAUUGCGGACAUGACUGGCAAGCGUGCCAACCCCUUCUUUCAAAUCUGCUGGCGCUACAUGACCCCAUCGGUUUCACUGGGCUCUUUGAUAUAUUCUCUAGUUGAGUACCAGCCCCUGACAUUCAACCGCUGGUACGUGUACCCCACCUGGGCUUACGUGUUGGGCUGGAUGAUGGCCCUUUCCUCCAUUCUGAUGGUGCCAGGCUGGGCGUUGUACAAGUUGAGCACUGCCAAAGGAACCCUCAGUCAGCGUCUCCAUGGCCUGUGCUGGCCCGACCCACCUGACUGCUCACGCGCCCUGGAGGGGGAGACAGCACUGCAACACAUCACUGAGAUGUGUCUCGAAUGAUUCUGACAGACACCUAAAAUGGUAGCCUGAACUCUCACGAUACAUUUAAUUAAAUCAACGGUUUUCCGUAGUACGCUGGCUAUGUUUUUAAUUUGCUUUGGGAUCAUUUUCAUACAACAAUACACUGACAACUGCUGUCUUACCUCUCCUUUAUUAAAAAAAAUUGUCAUACAAACCAUGCAGUGUUGGCAGUGCACAAAUUGAAAGCGUGUGUGCGUGAACAGGGGAAAAAACAAAACAAAUGACAUAUAGGGUGUGGCCAAUUUGGAGUCCUGCUUAAUGGUUAAAAAAAAAAGAGGCCCAUGAACCCUCAAACGACACCCGUUGCAUAAAAGGAAACUCGUUGAACUUGUGCAAUGUGAUCAUGUGAGACUGUAUUAAGGCAUCAUUUCACUACUUAAUAAAAAGGCAUCGAGGGCAAUAGCUCAUCUUCUCUAUAAGUCUUAUUUCCACUAUUGGUCUUUCAUGUCUUAUCAUUGGAACAUAGUAUUUUGUUUUCUACUCAAAAUGUACUCUUUAGUGGCCUGGAGCUUUUAUUUACUGAUCAGACAACUAGCAAGUUCUGCAGAAGCUGGAUUACAACCCUGAUCAUUAGAAUAAGGUGAGAGACAAAGCAUCUAGGAAACCGGCCACGGAGACCAGGUUUGAAGACCCCUGGCCUAAAAGCUCAUCUGU